AUGCGUGAUGAAGCAUAUACAUCCAUCUUAUCAUCGAUAUUGAUAUCUUGGACGGAUGAUCGUCAACGUCAGAGAGCAUUCGAAUACACAGAUCAUGCACGAAAGCAACUAUCAAUACCCAAGCCCAAGCAUGACGUACUCUUCCAAGAAGCUUCGAAAUGUCACAUUUACGUCCUGGAAGUGAUGACUCAGUUACCGACGAAUCAAAAUUUGGUCAUUUCCAUUUUCAAUGAAAAAUCGUCUCGUCAACAGACCAUCAAUUCUGGAGAACAUUACAAAUUUGAUUUGGGCGUCAACACCAAUUAUAAAAUUAAAUUUUCCGUCACCAAGUUCAAUGGCGAGAACCGAAAAGCUGUUGUUCGAUCUUCUUCUCUCAUUAAGAGAGUUAUGCUGCUGGACAGAAAAGAAGAAGACACCAUCAAUCUGAAUAACUUACAAUUGAAUGUUACUGAGAAACGAUGCGUCGAACAUAAGAAUCAUUGUUACUUCACCGAAUUGAAACUGACAAAGGAGAGUCGGCCACAGCUCAUCAAGCCGUUGCAGUUUUCUGACUUUCUGGAAAUAAUUCAGACAUUCCAUGAGAAGGAAGCCAUGUCCAAGGGAUUUUGCGAAGAAUACAAUGGAGAGCUUUGUGACAAGUCGCAAUUCAUUUUGGAUGCUCUGGUUGAAGUUCAGGGCCUCCCCCACAUAACGAUACCUGUCACAUCACUAAGUGUUUUCCUUGUUUGGGACAAUUCAAUACGAAGUUUCGAUGAAACACUGAUAUCUCAAUUGACCAAUGAGAUAAGAGGUUUUAAUGUUUCAUCAAAGUGUUCAGUAUUGGAAAAAGCAUUGAUAUACCUAAGCGAAUGUGUACAGGCGGAGAUGUCCGAAAUGCUGGAUCGUUUCCGGCAUCUGACACUAUUUCCUCCAUCGGGACAUCAUUCAUUCAAACAACUUAACUCUUCACUCAAAACAGUCAUUGAUAUAUGCGUUUUGCCUAUUUGGGAUGCAAUGAUUCGAACAAAUGAGUCGAUUGAUACAGACGUUCUUCAGCCCUCUUCAGAUCCAUCAAAUCACUUGGCUAGCGCAUUAAAGAAAAUGUUGAUCGAUAACUGUUUAGAAUGGAUUGAUGAACUCAAAGACGAAGCCUCUGACUUGAAACAGCAAGCAUGCUUGAACAUUCAUGCCAUGUCCGAUUUUCUCCAGCACAACUACCAGAGUGCCAACUUGUUUUAUCAUCAAUUCUUCAUUAACUAUAUCGAAAUAUCCUUGGAGACAAUAGAUGAACAGUUGGAAGAAGUUUCGAAAGCCUUCAUUAAUAAACAAUUAGAAUGCUUGAAUUCGAGAUCGAGUCAGGAACUCGAACUGUUCUCCAAAUGUACCAUGAGGUUUUAUGAAACAUUGGCUUCAAUCUCAACAUUUGCAAGACAGAAUAAUGUUCUUUCACUUCGUCUGCAUAAUUAUGAGUUGUGGUUCGCUUCUCUGACAGUCUACUGGACAUUCUCAUGGAGACAGUUGAGUACAAAAAUGGUUGAGCGAACAAUUUCGUUGGAAGAUGAUGACUGUGAGCUCAAUAAAUCCGAGCAGAAGCGACCUUUGCCCAGUGGAAUUUACUCUUUUCUGUGUAUACAAAAAGGUUUAUCCGAUGAUUACACCACGCUGGCCUUCCAUCUUCCUCAAAAUAUUCACACAGCGACCAUUUCCCUAAUUAAUAUUUUUUGUGAAAACACUCAUUCCUAUGCUCGCAAGUUAUUCACAGAAUCUUUGAGUAAAGAUGAAAAGAUUGAACAUCGAGUAGUUCGAGCUAUAAAUGGAAUUGAACAAGCUACUGAUUAUAUAAGUGAAAGAUGGAAGAUCUUUGUGAGAUGGGAGGUGCAGCAGCCGAAGUUAUCGAUUGAUGAAUCUGAAAGCAUUAUGAAGUUUGUGGAAACGGCUUUGUCCAGUACUAAAUCCAGGUGCAAUCAGUUGAUGAGUUCACUAGUUAAGCGUUACAUGAAAAUCUUGAAAGAUGGAAUAGUUCGAAUAGCGAGACUGAUAACAUUGGACUCAGCCGAGUACAUGAAAGCCUUCAAAUCCUAUCGGCGUGACAUCAGUCCACUGGAAAGACUGAACUCCAUUAUUGAUUCCUUCGAUUGCAUAAUUGAUAAAGUGAGAGCUCAAUUACUUCCAAGAUCUUUCUCCAUUGCUCUGGGCAUUCUUUUCGAGGACUUGGAAAGAGAGAUCGAGAAACAUCUCAAAUCAUGUCAGCCACCCGAGUAUUAUCGGAAUAUUUAUAUAUCAAUUAAAGCUAUAAUGGACUUAUUGGAAUUGCCAAUCAAUAAAUCAAAGCUCAUAAACACAUUGCAUUACAGAAGUUUUUCGACUCAAGAACUCAUCCUAUCAUACUUCUCACACUUAUGUGACUUAGCCAAUGAUGAUCAGCAAUAUCAGAAUGCAAAUAAGAAUUGUCCGUUCAUUCAGGUUCAAACAGGAUAUUUGAGGACAUGCUCAUCCAAUAUGCUCAUUCUCGUCAAUGUUAGGGAGAUUAUCAACCUGCCAGUGCUCAACCCUCUAUAUGAUCGUAUGGACUUAUAUGUAAAACUCGAAUUCUUCCCUCGAGUAAUUUUCCCUGAAGCUAGCUUCCCUCCACAAAAAACAAAAAUACUUUCGUCAUAUAAGGAUCGAACGUGGAAUCAAACAUUCCAAUUCCUGAUUCCUGAGAACAAUUUCUAUAUGUACGGAGUGUCCCUCUGCAUUUCCGUUUUUGACCAUUCUAGACUUUGCGAUCAAUUACUCGGAAGAACAUUCGUCUCCGUUUCUCGUCUGCCGCUAUUGCAAACAACGUCAGUUCAAUCAAAUGAUAUUGUCAGUUAUGCCCUUUUGCGUCCAACAAUCGGCCAUUCGCAUCCAUUCUUUCAAAUGUUGAAAGAUCGUGGCAAGUACGAUGACGCUGCCAAGAAGUUUUUGUCACGUGAACAUACGGCACGUGAAAUGUACGUGAAAAUCAAACGGCUGUCCAGCAAGAUUGCAAUGAAGAAAAAAGUUUUCCAGCUAAAAUGA